AUGGAUCGUAAGAUGAAGCAGAGGGAUACGAUUGUUGCAGACCCUAGCAUUAACGCUGUCAGUGGGAUUGUUGCAGAACCUAGUAUUAACGCUGUCACUAGGAUUAUUGCAGACCCUAGCACUAACGCUGUCAGUAGGAUUGUUGUAGACCCUAGCACUAACGCUGUCAGUAGGAUUGUUGCAGACCCCAGUUUUAACGCUGUCGCUAGGAUUGUUGCAGAACCUAGUAUUAACGCUGUUACUGGGAUUGUUGCAGACCCUAUUAUUAAUGUUGUCACUGGGAUUGUUGCAGACCCUUGUAUUAACGCUGUUACUGGGAUUGUUGCAGACCCUAGUAUUAUCGCUGUCAGUGGGAUUGUUGCAGAACCUAGUAGUAACGCUGUCAAUAGGAAUGUUGUAGACCCUAGUAUUAACGCUGUCAGUGGGAUUGUUGCUGAACCUAGUAGUAACGCUGGUACUGGGAUUGUGGCAGACCUUAGUAUUAACGCUGUUACUGGGAAUGUUGCAGACCUUAGUAUUAACGCUGUUACUGGGAUUGUUGCAGAUCCUAGUAUUAACGCUGUUACUGGGAUUGUUGCAGACCCUAGUAUUAACGCUGUUACUGGGAUUGUUGCAGACCCUAGUUUUAACGCUGUCAGUGGGAUUGUUGCAGAACCUAGGAACCCUAGUUUUAACGAGUUUGUUGCAGAACCUAGGAGUAACGCUGUCAAUAGGAAUGUUGCAGACCCUAGUAUUAACGCUGUCAAUAGGAUUGUUGCUGAACCUAGUAGCAACGCUGUCAAUAGGAAUGUUGCAGACCCUAGUAUUAACGCUGUCGCUAGGAUUGUUGCAGACCUUAGUACUAACGCUGUCACUAGGAUUGUUGCAGAACCUAGUAUUAACGCUGUUACUGGGAUUGUUGCAGACACUAGUAUUAACGCUGUCAGUGGGAUUGUUGCUGAACCUAGUAGUAACGCUGUUACUGGGAUUGUUGCAGACCUUAGUAUUAACGCUGUUACUGGGAAUGUUGCAGACCUUAGUAUUAACGCUGUUACUGGGAUUGUUGCAGACCCUAGUAUUAACGCUGUCAGUGGGAUUGUUGCAGAACCUAGGAGUAACGCUGUCAAUAGGAAUGUUGCAGACCCUAGUAUUAACGCUGUCAAUAGGAUUGUUGCAGAACCUAGGAGUAACGCUGUCAAUAGGAAUGUUGCAGACCCUAGUAUUAACGCUGUCAAUAGGAUUGUUGCUGAACCUAGUAGUAACGCUGUCAAUAGGAAUGUUGCAGACCCUAGUAUUAACGCUGUCGCUAGGAUUGUUGCAGACCUUAGUACUAACGCUGUCGCUAGGAUUGUUGCAGACCCUAAUAUUAACACUGUUACUGGGAUUGUUGCAGACCCUAGUAUUAACACUGUUACUGGGAUUGUUGCAGACCCUAGUAUUAACGCUGUUACUGGGAUUGUUGUAGACCCUAGUAUUAACACUGUUACUGGGAUUGUUGCAGACCCUAGUAUUUACGCUGUUACUGGGAUUGUUGCAGACUCUAGUAUUAACGCUGUUACUGGGAUUGUUGCAGACCCUAGUAUUAACGCUGUCAGUGGGAUUGUUGCAGAACCUAGUAGUAACGCUGUUACUGGGAUUGUUGCAGACCCUAGUAUUAACGCUGUCAGUGGGAUUGUUGCAGAACCUAGUAGUAACGCUGUCAAUAGGAAUGUUGUAGACCCUAGUAUUAACGCUGUCAGUGGGAUUGUUGCAGAACCUAGUAUUUACGCUGUUACUGGGAUUGUUGCAGACCCUAGUAUUAACGCUGUUACUGGGAUUGUUGCAGACCUUAGUACUAACGCUGUUACUGGGAAUGUUGCAGACCCUAGUAUUAACGCUGUUACUGGGAUUGUUGCAGACCCUAGUAUUAACGCUGUUACUGGGAUUGUUGCAGACCUUAGUAUUAACGCUGUUACUGGGAAUGUUGCAGACCCUAGUAUUAACGCUGUCGCUAGGAUUGUUGCAGACCUUAGUAUUAACGCUGUUACUGGGAAUGUUGCAGACCUUAGUAUUAACGCUGUUACUGGGAUUGUUGCAGACCCUAGUAUUAACGCUGUUACUGGGAUUGUUGCAGACCCUAGUAUUAACGCUGUUACUGGGAUUGUUGCAGACCCUAAUAUUAAUGUUGUCAGUGGGAUUCUUACACAGAUCAUCUUCCCGUUAGAGUCAUUAUAA